AGCAAAGAUCUAGGAGGAAUACGAAAUAGCCGGCGACAACCUCGCCGGAAGGGAGUUUAAUUUAUAUUUCUUCUCCGGCGACCUUUUGGCGGAGGAUGAACGGCAGCGUCCAAUACCGGAGAGGCAAGAAGAACGGCGGCAAACACAACGGAACGACGAUGAUGAUGAUGAAGGCGAAGACGAAAACGAAGGCAGAAGCGAGAUUCGAACCUCGAUUGCUCAGGUUCGAGGAGUUGCCGGAGUACAUGAAAGAUAACGAGUUCAUCUUGGACCAUUACCGUUCGGAAUGGCCCGUCAAGGAUGCAUUAUGGAGCGUCUUCGCCUGGCAUAACGAAACCUUAAACGUUUGGACGCAUUUGGUUGGUUUUCUGAUAUUUGGGGCGAUGACGGUCAUGAGCUUAUUGCCCGUGGGAACCACUGGAACCGGCGGUCUUGGAGGCUUUACCUCAAAUUUCUACAGUAAGGCAGACGGAAUGGGGUCGCUGACGACCGAGAAAGAGAUCAAUGGUUCUCCACACGACACAAAUAUGUUCCCGGUUUCACAUUUGAGACGGCUUUUGGAACCUCUAGUUUUUCAUGAUCUGAGAGACAAGGGUGCAGAAACAAUAUCACUAUGGCCAUGGUUGGUUUUCUUGGGAGGAGCAAUGGGAUGCUUGGCAUGCAGUUCUAUCUCCCAUCUGCUGGCCUGCCACUCGCAGCACUUCAAUCUCUUCUUCUGGCGACUCGACUACGCCGGAAUCUCUCUAAUGAUAGUAUGCUCCUUCUUUGCUCCAAUUCACUAUGUCUUCUUCUGCAACCCUUCCGUGAGGUUACUCUACAUGACCUCAAUAUCACUGCUUGGUGUCCUCUCCAUCAUCACUCUUCUUGCGCCUUCGCUCUCGGCCCCUCGCUUUCGACCAUUCCGGGCCUCCAUAUUCCUUGCCAUGGGAUUCUCAGGUGUCAUCCCGGCCGUUCAUGCUCUGCUGCUCCACUGGGACCACUCUCCUGUUCUUGUUGCACUUGGAUACGAGGUUGUUAUGGCCGUUUUAUAUGCCACAGGAGCAGUCUUUUAUGUUACUAGAAUACCUGAGAGAUGGAAGCCUGGUGCGUUUGAUAUUGCAGGGCAUAGUCACCAGAUUUUCCAUAUUUUUGUUGUUCUUGGAGCUCUUGCACAUAGUGUUGCAACUCUAUGGAUAAUGGAUUUCCGCCGUGGAUCGCCAACCUGUGCAUUUUAUGCAAUUCACGCAUAACUCACAUGAAAAAUGCUAUAUAUACAAAACCACCAUCCUUCUUGGUUAUUUCUCUUUUAUGAAUUGCGUUAUUGUAAUAUUAGGAAGGAAUGGCUAGCUAAUACUGAUAGCAAUGAUUAUUUAGUAAUACUACUAUAUAUACUAGGUAUAAAUGCAGCCUUCCGUAGUGUGCGAUACUAUUCUGAUGCGGCAAAGUAAUUACUUUACAUGUAUAUGAUAUAAUCUCAUCGUUACAGUACACUAAUAAACUCACACUAACUUCAU